UUUUGUUACAAAGAGAAGCUUCAGUUGGUGGUGAUGAGGCGGGAGAGUUGAGACAGCGGCAGGUGCAGAGGCAGGGACCGGUGCAAGGAGCCGCGGGGGGAAGGGGGAGGAGGAGACCGGCGCAAGAGGCAGCGGCCGGUGCAGCGUGUGGCGCCCGGCCCUGGGACUGGCAGCGGGAUCCCUCGGCACUGCCAUGCUCCGGGCGGACCGCAGCGCCCGGCUCACACGCUGAUUUGCGCCCGACGACGACAACAAGGAGGCGGCGGCGAUGAGGGACAAGGACUUCAAACCCGGCGGGGAUAAAGGCAAGCCGGCCACCUUCACCGGGGACAAGGCGAAGAUGGCGGCGAAGAGCGACAAGAAGUGGGUGAGGCUGGCCACCGUGCUGGCCUACGUGCUCUCCGUCUCGCUGGCCGCCAUCAUCCUGGCCGUCUACUACAGCCUCAUCUGGAAGCCCGUCAAGCUGCCGGCCAAGGCCGAGGACAGCUCCACGGUCGGCGGCCGCCGGGCGCAGGAGCCGCCGCUGCUGCUCUCCACCGAGCCCGGCCGCCCGACCCAGGGCUGGGACUGGGGCAGCCGGAGCCCCCCCUCGGCCCGGGCAGAGCCGGAGCCAGGAGGCGGCCGGGCUGGGACACCGACGCCGACGCCGCCGCCGAUCAGCCCGCAGACCCCCGAGCGACCCCCGGACAUGGGUCCGAAACUGAACGCCACGGUGCCGGCGAGCCAGUGAAGCCGGAGCUGCCCCCCCACCCCCCACCCACCGGGACACAUCCACGCCCUCCGGCCCCGGGUCUGGGGAAGACCCUCUGCCGCACCUCGGCAACUUCCAGCCACCUCCUGCUCUUAACACGCCGCUCGGUCGCCGCACUUCUCACCUCGACACCGCGCCGUUUUAUAGAACUUUAUAUAACAACGUGCAAGGACUCUGCGCCGUGAUAGAAGGCACAACCGCCCUUUUAAUAUUUCUAGGACCAGUUAAUGUUAAAAUAUGAGCUGAGCAUCGUUCUGUUUUCACGAUGAUUUGUCUAGCACAGGUUGUAAUAUUCAUAUUAUUACUACGUACCUCAUGUAGUGUAUUUUAAGGAUAACUUUACAUGCGGAAUGCACAGGAUGUGAUCAACCUCAGGUACAUCUAGAGCUGUAAAAUGUAUCUACCGUUGUACAAUGGUGCAACGUAUUCCGAGAGCUUUAGUAAUCGUUCGUAUAUUUUUAAGGAACAAUAAACA